AUGGCUGACGCAGUAGCGCCUGCUGAUCCAGCAGCCGCUCCUAAUGGAGAAGUAGAGCAGCCAAGAACAUGGAGCUCCAUGAUAUUCUCAAUUCUCAAACAAGCCAUGAUGUUUUAUUUCAUCUCUUCAAUGCUCGGAAAAUUUGGUGGAGGACAGCAAAAAACGAAUACCACGGCACCAGCUAAUGUACGAUCAUUCCCACCUUCUGUCAAUCUGUUCCCUGCCGGACAACUCUUCGAUCUAUACAUGUACCUGGAUGAAUCUGAACUUCAAUUCAAUAAUUUCGAGAACGGAAACCUAUUCGCCCAGAAAAAGAAACUAAAGUAUGGUGACUGGACAAGUGGACCAAAUGGAGAUGGCUCUUACAUGUUUGAGAAGACGUUCGCUACUCCAGAAGUGUUGCUUCGAAACCAAUCCCUUUACCUCCACGCAUUUGUUGUCAAAUCUGGACAAUCACCGAACCCAUCUGACAAGAACUAUAUUCGUCGAGAGGUUGUCUAUGGAAUGUACCAACUGAACAGAUAUAAAAAGAAACAUUAUAAGAAAACUGCUAAUUUGUUGACCGGAGUCAGUGAACAAAGUGAGGAGGACUUGGCUAAAGCUGAAAUCAUGAAAUUCGAGAUUCUUAAUUUCUGGCAUCCAAAUAUUUCCAUCAACAUCGUCGAUGACCAUACUCACUGGCAGAAGGGUGGUGUUCCUCCGCCACUUGACAAGGACCUCAAGUUCGCACCGAAUGGAGAGUUUUAUCAUCCGAUUCUGUUUUUCAACAACUAUUGGAACCUUGGUGCGGAUUAUAUGCCGAUCAACGAAACCGUGAAGGAAUUGAAGCUCUCUGUAUCCUUCUACCCACUCUCCUUAUUCAAGUAUCAGAUGUAUGCUAGCCAGAAUAUGAGAAACCAGUGGAGUGACAUUCUUCAGUCCGAGAAGGAAGACGACGAUUCGAUUAAAGUGGCUUUGCUGGAGACCAACCCAAUUCUUCUUGGAAUCACUAUUGUCGUGUCAAUGCUGCAUACAGUGCUUGAACUUUUGGCUUUCAAGAAUGAUAUUCAGUUCUGGAAGAGCAGGAAAGAUCUUGUGGGACUUUCUGUGCGUUCCGUCCUGUUCAACAUCUUCCAGUCUCUUAUUGUUUUCCUCUACAUCUGCGACAACGAGACAAACUUCGUAGUGAAGAUGAGUGUUGGAAUCGGGCUCCUCAUCGAGUGCUGGAAAAUUCCAAAGGUGUUGAACGUAGAACUCGACCGCGAGAACUUGUUGUUUGGUCUGCUUCCUCGAGUAAAGUUCAGUGACAAAGGAUCAUACGUGGAAAGUGAUACAAAGAUAUAUGACCAAAUGGCAUUCCGAUAUUUGUCAUGGGUACUAUUCCCACUUCUUGUCGGGUACGCUGUCUACUCCAUUAUCUAUGUGGAGCAACGUGGAUGGUAUUCGUGGGUGCUCAACAUGCUUUAUGGAUAUCUUUUGAUGUUCGGAUUCAUCACGAUGACGCCUCAACUGUUCAUCAACUACAAACUGAAAUCAGUGGCUCAUUUACCAUGGAGAAUGUUAACAUAUAAGUUCAUCAAUACAUUCAUUGAUGACUUGUUCGCAUUUGUGAUCAAGAUGCCAACAUUGUACCGUAUAGGAUGCUUCAGAGAUGACAUUAUUUUCCUGAUCUACCUCUACCAACGCUGGAUCUACCGUGUUGACCCAUCCCGUAUGAACGAGUACGGAACGUCUGGAGAGCACGAACAUGGUGUUCCACCGCCAGUUGAGGGAGACACAGCUACUCCAGCAAUUGAAGAAUCAAAGAAAGACAAGUAG